AUGGCCGGGCAACAGUUCCAGUACGAUGACAGCGGCAACACCUUUUUCUAUUUCCUAACGUCCUUCGUCGGACUUAUUGUGAUCCCAGCCACAUAUUACCUCUGGCCCCGGGAUCAGAAUGCUGAACAACUGCGCUUGAAGAGCCUGAGGAGGGUACAUGGCAGGUGUCUGUGGUACCGGCUCCGGCUGAUGAAGUCGCAGCAGAGCAUCGUCCCAACACUAAAGAAAGCAGCCUUGUUAUUUGGCUGGGCUGUGUUCCUGCUGCUAGCGUACAAGGUGUCCAAGCUGGACAGAGAAUACCAGGAGUAUAAUCCAUAUGAAGUCCUCAACUUGGACCCGGGUGCAUCGCUGUCAGAAAUCAAGAAGCAAUACCGUGUACUGUCACUCAAGUUCCAUCCUGACAAAGGUGGUGACGAGGCCACAUUCAUGAGAAUUGCCAAAGCUUAUGCUGCUCUGACCAAUGAACAGUCCCGACAGAACUGGGAGACUUACGGUAACCCAGACGGUCCAGGAGCUACCAGCUUUGGUAUUGCCCUGCCUGCCUGGAUCGUUGACCAGAAGAACUCAAUGCUGGUGCUCCUGGUGUACGGACUAGCCUUCAUGGUCAUCCUCCCUGUUGUUGUGGGUACGUGGUGGUACCGCUCCAUCCGAUACAGCGGUGACCAGAUCCUCAUCAACACCACCCAGCUCUUCAUGCAUUUCAUGUACAAGACUCCCAACAUGAACAUGAAGCGGUUAGCCAUGGUGUUGACAGCAGCGUUUGAGUUUGACCCUCGCAGCAAUAAAGAAGCCACCAUACGACCAACAGACAACAUCGAAGUGCCACAGCUGAUCCGUGAGUUGGGAAAUAUCAACGUGAAGAAGAAGGAGCCUCCGUUCUGCUAUCCUUACAGUUUGAAAGCCAGGGUGCUGGUGCUCGCUCACCUGGCACGCAUGGACGUGUCAGAGGAGUUGGAGGAAGAUCAGAGGUUUGUGGUGAGGAAGAGUCCAGCUCUCCUCCAGGAGAUGAUCAACGUGGGCUGUCAGCUUACUAUGAUGGCCAACAGCAGAGGAGGUUUUCACGCUCCUCGACUGGUAACCAUAGAAAACUGCAUGAAGCUGACCCAAAUGAUAGUGCAGGGCCUGCAGGAGUCCAAGUCACCACUGUUGCAGCUGCCCCACUUUGAGGAGGAGCACCUCCGCUACUGCAUCUCUAAGAAGUAUAAAGUCCGGAGCCUCCAGGACCUGGUGAGUCUUAAGGACUCUGACAGACGCAGCAUGCUGCGUUUCUUGGGGGAGGAGAAGUACGAUGAGGUCAUGGCCGUGCUGGGCAGCUUCCCUCACAUCACCAUGGAUACCAAACUGCAGGUCCUUGAUGAUGAAGACAGCAAUAACAUCACAGCAGGCUCUAUUGUCACAGUAACCGUCACCCUGACCAGAAAACGGAUGGCGGAGGUGUUUGAGAAGGAGCAGGAGUCAACGCCUUGUCUAGCAGAGGAGGCUGCCACUACAGAAGAAGCACAAGGAGAUGCGAGUAAAUCCAAAACAAAAGUGUGGCAGAACAAGAGUAAAGGGGCAAAGAAGACAGCCAAGUCCAAGAAGAAAAAAUUAACCAAGAAGAAGGCCACACCAGCACCAGCCAAAACCAAGCAGGCCAACGGCAACGUGGCAGGAAAUGAAGUUGUAGCAGCAUCCACAGCGGCGGCGAAAGAGGAAGACGAAGAGGCCUCCGACAAGGGCAGCGAGUCAGAUGAGGGCGAGGCCAACAAGGACUCUCCCAGCGAGAGAGACGAAGACAGCGACAAACAGAGCGACACAGAAGUGGACGAGAUGGCUGGUGACGACGAAGAGGAGUGGGAGGCUCUGCAGCAGAGCAUCCAGCGGCGAGAGCGGGCCCUGCUAGAGACCAAGUCGAAGGUGACACACCCCGUUUACAGCCUCUACUUCCCCGAGGAGAAGCAGGAGUGGUGGUGGCUCUACAUCGCCGACCGCCGGGAUCAGACCCUUGUCUCCAUGCCCUACCACGUGUGCACGUUAAAAGACACAGAAGAGGUGGAGCUGAAGUUUCCAGCCCCUUCCAAAACAGGCAACUACCAAUAUUCUGUCAUCCUCCGCUCGGAUUCCUACCUGGGACUGGACCAGAUCAAACCACUCAAGCUGGAGGUCCACGAGGCCAAGGCCAUGCUGGACAACCACCCGCAGUGGGACAUCCCCGACACGGAGGAGGAGGACGAGGAGCAGGAGGACAGCGACGGCAUCGAGGAGAGUGAAGACGAUGAUGAGGACAACGAUUGAAUGCACACACACAUACGCUCAACCCCCCCUUCCCCAUGGACUGGCCCCCCAACCAACUCCUGACCCCACAACAGCACUCAAGAGCAGCGAACGAGGAGCAGCAAAGCUGUGCACACACACAGAAUCACCAGGGACAGUUUAUACACACAGAGCCCUCCUCCUCCUCCAUUUUAUCAUUUUUGGUGACAUGGACUGUGACCCUGCCCCUCCAUUUCCUCUUUUCUACAGAGACUUGUUCAUUCACUUUCCUGCUGCUGCUGGAAGAGAAUUCUGUGAAUACUUACCCAGGCCUGUGUGUGUGUGAGAGGGCGGAUGUGCAUGUGAGUGUGUGUGGUACAAAAUGAGCGAUCGUACGUGUGUUUGUUACCUUGUAUGUGUUUGUACAGGUGUGAAAGAUUGACACACUGUGGACUGGAGGACCUAUUAUCUGGGCUCUGUACUUCUUUUCUCGAGGGGGAGAGGGGGGUGUAUAACAGCUGAUACAGUUUGCAAAAUUAACAAGAACCACAUCGCUCUCGCUCCUAAGUUUAAAAUCACUCAGCACCAAUGUUUUCCACACCAAUGAUACUUUCUAUUGUACACGUAGAACUGCAGAAGUGUUAGCUUCAGCCCAAUUCAUCCGAGAUCUCAGCCGAGUCAACCCAUUGGGACAUUUGCUCCUAUCGGCGCACAGGGGACACAGUUGAGUCUUGUCAGUUUUUUUUUUCUUUUCUUUUUUUGUUUGUUUGUUUUUUUUUCGCUGUCACACCAGCCAGUCACUUGUAUGUCGAAGGAGAUGGCCACAGACGAUCUCCAGUCAGUUCCGUUAAUGUUCUGUUCUGGCCCCGUGAUCCACUUUGAGCUGUAUUUCUCUGAAUGUUGUUUGAAAGCAGGUGGAUCUUAAAUGAAAUGACCUCAAGUAUAAUGUGGGGAAAAUGACAAAACUUGCAGUGUUAAGAUUUGUUUGAAUUAUGACUACUUUUUUUGUUCAUAAUCUCCAUAAAAGUUGUGAGUUUUUCAGUCUUUUUAAGGGGUUCAGAUGCUGAUAUAUAUAAAUAGAUAUAUACAUACUCGUGGCUUUUCAGAGAGGUGACUUCCUUUCUCUUCAUCUUUUUUGUUUUGUUUUACAAUUGUAGCACAUUCCAGUGUAUACUCAUUGUCCACAAGGCCUUAUGAAUACAACUGAAAUACCACAACAUACAAAUCCUUGGGUGCUAUGCACCAGUAGUUCUUGGGAGAGCAGAAAAAAAACCUUUUAUUUUGUGUUUGUAAAAAUCGUCAAUGUCUUUCUUUUGUUUCACUUUAGUUAGUCUCCGUGGUAAACUACAGCCACUCAGUCUCGGACUACAUAUCACUGAUCUGCCAUGGCAAAGCCUCUAUGAGUACAGUUCUGUCUGCUGGAAGAGGAUUAAAAGUGGAACGUGACAUGUGACUAUGUUUAAGCGAUUGGAGUGUGAGGUCCCCGACACACAGCGCUCAUGAUGAGAAUGUGUCCCGAACAAAAGGCUGUUGAAUAUCAUCUUUUAAGUGCAAGACUGAGCGUAUUCUGUCUGUCCAGCACCUUUAUUCUCUUUAGUCAUUGAAGCGGAACAAGCUCGGUUUUCUAAGUACAACUGCCAUUUCACAUUUUCCACAAAACCUCCUGGAGGAUUUGUUUGUUUUUUUUAAUUGUUCUGUCUGUAGAGUACAGAGCAGUUCUGACCCCUGAUUCAUUUAAAUUUUGUUUUCUUUUGUCCCAGUUAAGCUGUAGUUAUAACACAUGGAACACAUACAUCUUUGUCUUGUUUUCUUCCAUGCUAACCUUGGUUUUCCUCAUCUGUUUGACUCAUAAGUGCAACGGGAAAAAAAAAAGAAAAUCAGAGCUUCCUUACGUAGCUCUGGGGGCUCUCGCCGUAUGUCGAUGACUCGGCAGUUUUUAAAAAGAAAUGAUUAAUCUUUUCACUUCACUCAACAGCUAAUAGGUUUUUUUUUUAAAGGUAUAAUACCAGUGUGUCAUGUUGGUGUCCGUGGGCACGCUCUCCCGACACAAUGCACACAAACUCACAUGCGCGCAGUGCACUAUACCCUCCUGUAAUUGUGUUCAAGGCAGGUGUAUGCUAACAGGUAAUAUUGUACUCUUGAGUAUUUAUCGCUCUGCAAUAGAAUGUAGCAUCAGUGAUUUUACGCUGUGUGGAGAAAAAAACAAAACAAAACUGCAGUGAGGUUAAAUACGACACCAUCUCUCCCACGACAGACCCAGUCCAGGCGACUGGCUGGCAGGCCGCCUCAGUUUGGACAAACUACCCAAUGACUAUCUAUCUGCCACUUUUGUUUACAAAGGAACUGUCAUUGUAAAUGGAAAAAUAUAUUAUUUGUAUUUAAAAUCAUUUCAAAUAAAAACUUUUAAAUGAGA